AUUGAUAAUAUGAUUAGUAUUUAAUAGUUAUUAAUUUAUAUUAAAGCGUCAAUAUGUUUCAGUUAUUUCUAGCAAACGAUUAUAUAAUAACAUAUUGUGAUUUGUGAAUAUAAAAUUGUUGAAUGAAACAAAAAUAUUUAUACAUAAAAAAUGUAUCAUUUCCAGAUCAACAAGAAAUUAUUGCCAAUGAAAAUGCAUUAUUUUUUAGCCAUGGCUGGAUUAGCUCCAAUAAUACCAUUCUUGUCAACAAUGUCAAGGCAAAGAGGCUAUUCUACAGUCAUUGUCGGUUUAAUCUUCACAAUUCUUCCUCUACCAGCCUUAUUGGUACGACCGGUUAUCGGUGUAAUUACUGAUAAAUACAAAUGCUACAAGUCAGCGAUUAUUUUGAAUAUUGUAGUCAUGAGUAUAUUUAUAAGUAUGUUGAUGUUCAUACCUGGCUCGGUCGUCAAAACAGAAAUCGACGACGAGAAUGUGAUCAAAUCACCGCUGUUUUGGUUAUUUUUCAGCACAAUAAUCUUACUCAAUGCAGGUGUCAGUGCAAGAACUAAUUUGGAAGACACGAUAUGCAUUAAUUUAUUAGAUGAGGACAAAACUAAAUACGGCCUUCAGAGGAUGUGGGGCGCAAUUGGUUGGGGUACCAUGUCUAUUGUGUCUGGUGUGUGUGUAGACUGGUUCAGUAAAGGACUAGAAUACAAAAACCAUACACCGGGUUUCAUUAUUUCGUUGAUAUGUUAUCUUUUAGAUAUAUAUGUGGUGUCAAGAAUUACGACGAACGUUCAAAACAGCGAAAGUCAAAUUGGAUCUGAUAUUAAAAAACUAUUGACUAAUAUUAAAGUAAUAUCAUUUCUUUUAUGGGUUGUAGCACAUGGAAUGCUACUUUCAUUUAUAUGGUAUUUUGUAUUUUUGUAUCUGGAAGACUUGUCGAACAUUUACCAUCCUGAAACGAAACCUUAUAUAAAGACUCUUCAAGGAUUAUCGUUGACAAUCCAAUGUUUCGGUGGAGAAGUUCCAUUUUUCUUUCUGUCAAAAUUUAUCAUUAAACGCAUGGGUCAUAUGAACGUGUUCUCUUUGAUGUUCUUAACGUUCGCUUUCAGAUUCUACUUAUAUUCUAUAAUCACAAAUCCCGUUUGGGUUUUACCAGUCGAAUUGUUGAAUGGUAUAACGUUUGCAUUGACGUACUCGGCAGCUAUAACUUAUGCAGGGGACUUGGCUCCAGACAACGCCAAAGGAACACUUCAAGGGAUGGCCGGAAUGGCAGCGAUGGGUAUAGGAGCACCCAUCGGUUCUUUGAGUGGUGGUUAUCUCUUUAAUCGUUUCGGAAGUAUUACUUCGUUCAAAUUGUUAAGUGGUGUUGCGUUAGCAAUAUGUAUAAUUCAAACAAUUGCAAAUCAAUUGAUAAAUCGAAUUUUAAAAAAUGACAGUGUUAAAAGAGUAGAGUCUAAUUAGUAUUAGUAAUUAGUAUUAAUUAACGAUUAAUUAUAUGUUUCUAAUAUUACUAUACCAAUAAAUAGUAGUGGAUUAAUCCUAUACACUAUCAUUUUAUAGGAUUUUACUGAUAUUUUUUUUUUAUGGAUUAUCGAUUGAAUUGAAGUGUGUGUACUAUCUUGUUUGUAAAUAAUAUAUACUAAUAACGUACAACGCA